AAAAGGGGCGGUCACCUCGGCGCUGACGUCAGCGCGGGCGGAGUACUGCCAAGGCUUUUAAUCCGCGUCUCUGCUGCGCGCAGGCGCUCCAAGGAGGAAGGCCUGGCACGCUUCAGCCAAUGAGCCGGUUCCGGUGCCCGGACUCACCUCUAGCGACCCGCCGCGGGAGGCGGCAGAUGGACGAGAGGAGGAGUGCGCGCCCGGCUGAGAUUUCAGGGGUGGGGGCUCAGAGAGCACUGCGGGAAAGAAGACUACUCAGAAAAAAAGCUGGCAGAAAACACCUAACUCUCCACCUCUAUUAAUGGAUGCCUGGAGGUUGACGUACAUAUAUAUUCAGAAAUGUUUUGCCACCUGAGACCUGUGAGGAGGUUAUGUCUAGAGAAGAUAUUCCCACACUGGUUUCUCUACUCAAGAACUUUAUCAGGAGCUGAAGCAGUCAAUGCCUUGAGGCCAUUCUAUUUUGCAGUACAUCCAGAUUUCUUUGGACAGCACCCCAGAGAAAGGGAAGUCAAUGAAAAUUCUCUUAAGAGAUUAAGUGUCUACUUAGAAAACCUCCAGAAACCAGGCUUCAAAUCUUUGAAACCAACUCAGCUUACCUUUUAUGUAAGAGAAACAGACCAGAAUUCCUCUGAUGGCCAGGAAUCCUUUAGUACUGCCGGAUUUCGAGCAGUCAAAUUUACUUUGCACACCAGAGAUCUGCUAAGCACAGUGUUAUAUAUUCUCAACUCCUGCAGUUUAUCUAUUGAACAUAUCCAAAGCUUGAAUACUAAUGUGCAUUCCCAGCCUCUCAAAGAGGCUAAAAGGAUGCCUGACAGACCCAUCAAAUGGGACAAGUCUUAUUACUCCUUUACUGGAUUCAAGGACCCUGAUGAAGACCUCGAACAAGUCUCGAGAAUGGAAACAACCCUAACAUCCUGGUUAGAUAACAAUGGAAAAAGUGCUGUUAAAAAGCUGAAGAAUAGUUUGCCACUUAGGAAAGAACUAGAUCGUUUAAAAGAUGAACUGUCUCAUCAGUUGCAGCUCUCAGAUAUCAGGUGGCAGAGGAGCUGGGGCAUCGCCCAUCGCUGUAGCCAGCUGCAUAGUUUAGGCCGCUUAGCACAGCAGAACUUGGAAACACUUAAAAAUGCAAAAGGCUGUACACUAGUAUUUACAGACCGUUCCGGGAUGAGUGCAGUGGGCCAUGUGAUGCUAGGAACAAUGGAUGUCCAUCAUCACUGGACGAAACUUUUUGAAAGAUUACCAAGUUAUUUUGACCUUCAGAGGAGGCUGAUGCUCUUAGAAGACCAAAUAAGCUAUCUUCUAGGUGGCAUGCAAGUUGUUUAUAUUGAAGAAUUACAGCCCAUGUUGACCCUUGAAGAAUAUUACUCUCUUCUUGAUGUGUUCUAUAAUAGACUGAUGAAAAAUAGAAUACUUUUUCACCCUCGAAGUCUGCGUGGUUUACAAAUGAUCCUUAACAGUGACAGAUAUGCUCCAAGCUUGCACGAACUCGGGCAUUUUAACAUCCCAACCCUCUGUGAUCCAGCAAACCUCCAGUGGUUUAUUCUCACCAAAGCCCAACAGGCAAGAGAGAACAUGAAAAGAAAAGAAGAGUUAAAGAUUAUCGAAAAUGAAUUGAUACAGGCUUCAACGAAGAAAUUUUCUCUGGAAAAGUUUUAUAAGGAGCCCAGCGUUUCUAGUAUACAAAUGGUGGAUUGUUGUAAGAGACUUCUAGAACAGUCACUGCCUUAUCUACAAGGGAUGCACCUCUGCAUUUCACAUUUUUACUCUGUUAUGCAAGACGGAGACCUUUGUAUUCCUUGGAAUUGGAAGAAUGGAGAAGCCAUUAAGUAACAGAAAUCUGUAUUAUUUUUUAAAGGAUAAGAAAGAAACUGUUAAACUUAUUUAAAUCCACAAUUUGAUAUAAUAGAAUUAUUUACAUAUUACAAGAACAAAGUUUCUAACUAUACUUUAAAAGUAGACAUUUUUAAAAAAUUAAUUUCUGCUAGGAAACUUGUUUUAAAAAGGUCUUAUCUCCCAAUCUUUUGGUGUUUCUUAUCUGAUUGACAAGACUAGGUAAAAAGAUGUUAGAACGAAAGAACAUUUUUGCAGUGGUGUGUAAAUGAGGGAUUCUACAGAGUUAAAGAUAUAUAUUUUUAUAUGAGUGGAUGUUGAUAAGUGCACACAGGUCUCAUUCAGUAUAGCUCUGAAGUAGUGGAACUCCUUUCCACGUGUAACACCAUACAACGGGCAACUCUGUAGUUGCAUCUCAUGUAUCAAUACACACCUGUAUUUUGCAGCCAGUAUGGACAGUUGAUGUCCAAAACAGAUGAUUGAGGGGUAGCAAAAAUUAGAUAAUCAAAUUUUGCCCAAAAGAAAGAAUAGAAGGCAAAAAGGCAAUUGAAUGAAUAUAUGAUAUUGACGUUGUCAUAAGCAAUCUGAUACCAGUUUGUUAAAACAUUCUUCAGUGACAUAGAAUUUAGUUUUAAACCCAUAAGUUUCCCUACCCAUUAAAACAUUGCACCUGUUGGGUAGCAUGAAACCAACAGACAGUAAGUGUUUUUGAAUCAUUAAUGGGGUGACUCAUUUGUUUUUGUGGACAAACACUAUGCAGGAAAAUCCUUCUUGUUUCCCAAAGAGUUCCAGCAAGUAGGGUCAAGUGUAAAAUGGUUCAGACCACUCAGGACUUGUCACUGCUCUCAACCCUGGUCUUCCUGUCCUGGCCAAUGUUUGGAACGCUGGUUACAGCCCCUCUGAGGCGCCCCUCAUCCGUAGCUGUGUGGGCCUCCCUGGAGCCACACCACAACGCAGCCCCAAGGGGCGCAGUGUGCACUCUGUAGACACAGGGCUUCUCUCUCGGCAGACAUUUCCUUUAGGAUAAUAUUUUUAACCAGACCCAAAACCUCUUCAGCUUGUUUCCCAAGAGGACACGGUGAAUCCUUGUUUGGGAUACCAUUUUUCUGACUUUUACUGCUCAAGAAAUGAGGAAGGGAUUUUUCCACAAUGCACUGGAAAGGAAAGGAGAUGUUAAAAACCAUUCUUGAAGCAUGUUUUAAAUAUAUCUAAAACACUGGUUAUUUACAUUGUUUAAAUUCAAAUGUGUGUUUAAAAGAAGUAUUGGUUGUAAUUAUUAUGGUUUGUGCAUAUCAUCCCUUUUAACCUGUGCCUAACAGCCAAACUUAAAUUUUUCUUUCUAAUGUAAUAAAUGUUGUUGCCUAUAAAGAUUUUCCAGCCAGAUGAUGGGAGUGAAAUAUUCCUUAAAGCUUAUUUAAGAAAAUUUAUUGGAAAAAUAGAUUUGGAUUAUGCUAUUUCUAAAAUGAACUAAUAUAGAAUCCUCAGUGAUAUAUUUUGAAUUGGACUUUGUCUCAGAACUAAUUGUUACAUAAUAAAUAAUACAUUAAUC